UCUCAAUCGUUCCUUCAGCGUCAAGCAAAAAUGGAUACCGCUCGUUGAAUCUCAUCGCAUAAACCGUCUAAGAGGCCAUUUCUCACUGCUAGAGUCUCCUGGCCGCUGCACGUCAUCAAGAAAGCAAAAGAACCAUGGGCACGACUUCAGUCGAAGCUAGGUCUAUCAUGUUUGAACAAUAUUCACAUCGUCCCACUGGAACACAUGACGGGCCCGAACGUGCGUGAGCUUGGACCUCCGCUGGUAUCUUUGGGAUCGGUCUCGCAUCUUGAAGGUCCUCUUACCUCCCUGAGAAGCGACGCGUGCUCCUUCGAUCCGCAAUAUCAACGAAUCUCUGAGAUGCCCUCAGCUGCAGUCUCAGGGUAUCCCCCACCCUCAGCGAGGUAUAUCUUCUAUUUUAGAACCGUGUUGGAAAUCUGCCACUCAAAGAAGGCACGUCAACGCGAGCCACCUUCGGAUCCUUUGGAGAACAUUCCUGGAUGAACACUUUGCUUUUCUAUAAGAUGUCGACUGUUUCGUACACUGAGCAAGAAGAUGCCCCGGUUUGGCGCACGACUCUUGCUCUGGCUGGCGGUGGCUUCUCGGGCCCAGGCCACCGACUUGACUUCUCUUGUUAAUCUGUUCAUCGGAACGGCCUCGGGCGCCAAUGGCGGCAGUGGCGGCAAUGCAUUUCCAGGCGCUGCCGUCCCACAUGCUAUGGCGAAGGUUGGAAUCGAUGUCAGCACCGCACCACGGCAAGCUGGUUAUGUCCACGAUAACAGUUCAAUCACCGGAAUCUCCUUGAUGCACGACGAAGGAACAGGAGGCAACACGAACGGCGGAUACGGCAUCUUUCCGCUCUUCCCUCUCACAGGAUGCAACUUUACUUCCUGCCCCGUCGGAAUCACUGCACGUGCCGCGCUUCGUAAAGCCGGAACCGAUGCGGCGGUGCCGGGCUAUUUUACCACUACUUUCACCGAUGGAAUCAAGCUGGAGACUACGUCGACCAGACGCUCUGGUCUCAUACGCUUUACUUAUCCUACGACUGGCCCCAAUUCGGUUGUCGUCGAUCUCACCAAUGAUCUCGGGCGAUCUUUUACCGGUGGAGGGCUCAAUCUUAGUGCCACAGGACGCAUUGAACUUGGAGGGAGUUUCCUUCAGCACGCAGAGUUAUGGCCUUUCGGGCUACACCGUGUAUGCCUGCUAUGACUUUGCGGCCCCAAACCAUCCCCAGAAGAUCUCUGCUUACGGAACCUAUCACUCAACCACACUUUCUGCACCUAGCCAACUGACGAUCGUCCGGAACGGCACCUCGCUCAACUUUCCGCCAUCGGGAAAUCUUGUUGUCAGCCCAGAGCAAGCUGGAGCUCUGUUCCAGUUCACAGGUUCUAAAACUGUUCUGGCGCGCUUCGGGGUGUCUUUCCACAAUGCCGCACAGGCUUGCAUCAAUGCGGAAACGGAAAUUCCGGAGUGGGACUGGAACGCGGUCCAGACUGCUUCCGACUCAGCUUGGGAGAACGUGCUCUCGCGCGUGGGCGUGGAUACGACCAAGGAAGACCCGACUGUUGUCGAACUACUCUAUUCUUCGCUCUACCGCGCAUCGCUUGUUCCCGCUAAUCUGACGGACGAGAACCCGUACUGGGUCUCUCCGUAUCCGUUCUACGAUGCGUUUUUCUGUUCCUGGGACACCUUCCGCACAGUCCAUCCCCUUCUGUCGUUACUCUCGCCCGUGGAGUGGUCAGAAAUCAUCAACGCUUAUGUCGAUGGAUGGCGACAUACUGGUUAUAUUCCCGAGUGUCGGGCGAAUACAAUGCCUGGAUACGUCCAAGGCGGCUCCGAUGGCAUGGUUCCGGUUGGUGACUUUGCUGUGAAGUAUGGAGCGCACGCAUCAAAACUCGGAGUGCCUGCCGACGAUCUGUUCCAAGCUCUGCUCGAUACAGCCCAGAACACGCCCUCCGAUUGGUAUACUAUAGGCCGGCAGAACACAGCGUGGAUUCAGUUCGGAUAUAUUCCUACCGACUGGGUCGACCCGACCGGAUCGGUCGGUCUACCCACGCGGGAAGCUUCCCGAGCAUUGGAGUACGCGGUCGGAGACUUUGCAGUGCGCCAGGCCGCAAUCGCUCUGGACAAAGCACGCGGAGAUGUCGUUACGUUCUCCAAUCGGUCCAUGAAUUUCGUCAACAUGUGGAAUCCCAACGUCACCAGCAAUGGCUUCUCUGGCUUCAUGCAGCGGCGGUAUCCUAAUGGUACAUUCGCUUUUAGCCCCCCGGAUGCAUGCAGCCCGGUCGAUCCUGUCGCGCAUUCAUGUGCUCGAGGAACGGACAACAACGUUGGAUUUUACGAAAGUUCCUCUUGGGAAUACAGCUUCUUUGCGCCACAGUCCAUGUCGACCAUGAUCAGACUGAUGGGUGGGGACGACACAUUCAUUGCACGAUUAAAUCUGUAUUUCUCAAAGGGCUACUUCUAUGCGGGAAAUGAGCCUGGCUUUCAGACGCCGUGGCUGUAUCACUACGCGGGCCGCCCAGAUCUGAGUGCGCUGCGGGUCAGACAGGUCGUCUAUGAAGACUUCAGUACUGGCAUCGGCGGCAUUCCUGGCAACGACGACUCGGGUGCCAUGGCUGCUCUGCUGGUAUUCCAUCUGCUCGGACUGUAUCCAGUUCCGGCCUCAAAGCAAUUGCUCAUUGGCUCGCCCCUUCUUUCCGCUUACACGCUGCGGAAUGACUUCUUUGGCACCUCGACGUCAUUCAAAGUGACCGGGUUCGACCCCGCCAGUCUCACCGCAUCGCCUCCUGCGGACGCUGCGGUGUAUGUGAAAAGCAUCACGAUCAACGGCAAGGCGUCCCCGACUCUGUGCUGGAUAAAUUUCGACGAUGUGAUCGGUGGGGGGACGAUCGAGAUCACUGUUUCGUCUGACGCGAGUGCUGCCGCCGCCGCCGGGUGUGGAAAGGGCCCAAAUGCUCUCCCAGACUCGCUGGAAACAGGAGGAUUCGCCGCGUAG